UUGAUUCAAAAUAUCAACUAUACAUAAAUAAUGAUCCCUGAAUUUGCAAUAGUAAAGAAAUACUUUGAAUCUCAUCAUAUUACGUUAAACGAGGAGUGGCUGCAGAGUUGUAUUGAGUGGUAUAAAGAGGAGAACCCUGGAAGCAAUUGCGUCAAAGAACUGCAGAAUCGAGUGUAUGAACAAUGGUUAAAUUCGGAUUUCAGAGAGCUCCAGUUAAAUUUACUACCAAACAAUGUUUCCAACCAAAAGAGGAUUGUGUUGUACAAAAGCAUGUGUUUGCAACUCAUGUAUGUGGUGGAUAUAUCAAAGCCCAAGCUGCAUCAAUUGAUGACCAUCCGUAAACCAAAAUCCUACAGCCAGCACUCAACAGAAACUACAUCAGCAAAAAGGGUUUUGGAAUUGGUAUUGACUGAUGGGACACAAGAAGUCUCUGCCAUAGAAUGCCAUGUCAUACCAUUCCUAAAUAUAGAUCUAUCACCUGGGCUGAAAGUUCGUUUGAAUGCUCCAAUUACAAUAAGGAUGGGACAAAUUGUUUUGGAGCAAUCAAGCAUACAGUUGUUGGGUGGAGAGGUUGAUGAUCUUUUGGUUUCUAAUGCAGCUGAAAAUAUCUUGGCUGCAAGGCUGGGACUUGCCUUGAAUCCCACACCAAAUGCAAUGGAAGGAUUCUUCACUCAAAAGGAAAAUGAUACUAGCUCAAAUCAAACUGGAACCAAUUCUAUAAAUAAUCAGAAUUCUUAUAGGGUGGAAGCUUCAAGGCCUCAGAAUCCAGGAACUGUUAAUACAAGAAUUCGCAAUGAAGAAUCACAAGUUCAACCAUAUAACAAUAGAACAAACAAUCCUCGUAAUUCAAAUGUACCGCGCGCAAAAACUCCGGAUAUGUUUGAUGAUGAUUUCGAUGUUAAAGAUUUUGAAACUAUAGAUAAAAUCGUAGAUCAGAACGUACCGAAACCUGAAGUUCUUAUCGAUGAUAUGGAUGAGUUCGAGGAAUUGAUGAGAGCUUCUGAAGUAGAGCAUCAACCGAAGGUACGGAAAAUAGAAGAAAAUACUAGUGCGUCGUCAAUGUUGCCUGUGAGAAAGCCUAUAAAGACAAUUUCGACUCUCAAGAAAAUGAAAGUGAACAGCGGAAAAUUCAUCAUAAACGCGAAAUUCAAUAAAAUCGUUGAAAAAUUGUCGAUAUCUGAACAAGGGUACAGUAUUAAAAUAACCGUGGAGGAUUCGACUGGACUCUUGGAUGCUGCGGUACAUACCGAUAUGAUUGCUACGCUUUGCGGCUACGACCACAAAGCUUUAUUUGCAAUGAAGGAUUCUAUGUCUCAGGACCGGUCUAUAGCAAAGACGAUCUAUAAGUGCAUAGACGGUUUGAAAAGCAAGCUGAUGUCUUUGGAUGGAGAUAUUCAGGUUCUUGUCGAGGCGAAGAAGGAAUGCCCGACGAUUCUGAGGAUGGUUUGAUGGAAUUAAUUGAAAGACGUGCGCAUCGUUAUUUACUUUCUUUAUAUAGGUAAAGCAAAAA